AUGACACAAUCCGAAUCGAGAGAUUACUUGACCCCGUCAAAUAUGCUUGAGCAAAAGAAUCGACAAGAAGGUCGAAUCGCAAGUCCGCCAAAAUCUCCGGUGUUCCAAACGAAUCUUUCGGAUCUCCAAGAGGCCAUUUCUAGUGCUUUCCAAUCGUUCUACGAAUGCAAGAUAGCCACGUCGGAUGAAUAUCUUCGGAAAAAAUUGGAUAAAAUCGCGAACGAAGAUGGAGUAUUCUACAUUGCCACCGUGCAAUCUAUCAAGCAUAGUAAUCAGAUAAUGUCACAUGCGGAGAGUGUUAUCAAUUACAUUAAUAAAAUGAAAACCGCAAUAAUAGAUGCAAACCAUCACACCAUUCCCAAGGGACUCAUUAGGGAUUGUGUAGAUAUCAAGGAAUCGGUGAAAGGAUUGAGAAACGAUUACGACGGAGUACUAAGACGACUGGGGUACAUCCAGGAAGAACUUCGUAGACAUAAAUGUGAUCUCAGUGAACGUAUAGAAGAGAUUCCUUAUUAUAAAACACAGUUGCUCAUUCACCAGAAGAAAUCGAUAGUUCAUAACCUCCGCUCCAAGAAUUUAUUUUUGUUUGGCGGUGGUGUGAUGUUUGGUGCCAUACUGAUUGUCAUAUGCGCUCUAGGAGAUGUUAAUGAAUCAAUAGUAUUACCAAUUAAUCUGACGAUGUUGAUGCUUGGUUUUGUGCUGGUUGGGGUUGGAAUAAUAUUCAGAAUAAGUUCCUGCUUGCAUGCCAGAGAAUCGGAUCGAAUUGACGAGGAACUUGAGUACACCAGUAAACUAACGGCGACCACGAAUGAUAAAGAGACGCGAAUGAUAGAACUCAACUUGAUUGAUGUUAUUUUUCAACUAAAGAUGAUUCUUGCAUAUUGGAAGAAAUACCAAUCCAACUUGGAAAACAUUGCUGUGGAACUUGGACACGGUGACCAUGUGUUGUCCGAACAGAUCGAAGAACUCUGGUUAACUAUAAAAGAUCGAUGCGAAACUUAUAACAGAGUAGUAGGCAGUAUUUUGGAUCAUGUUGAUAGCGUCCAAGGAAGACAGGAACGUGAGAAGAAACUAUGA